AGACAGAGUCCGGUCCAGUCUCUGACAUAGCUCGACUGAUGCUCGUCCCACAGCCGCCGUUGUGUAUACUCGGGCUGUCGGCGCUGCUCCAUUGUCAGAGGCGGUAUCGAACCGACGCGUCCGACGGCCGCCGCGGUCGUCGCUGGGCAGAUACCGACGGUCUGACUCGGUCGGUAGCCGCGCCGGCCCCUGUGAACCUGAUAGCUCAGUCGAGUGCCAUGAACUGGUCAGUGACAAGCCUUGGAGAGAGGUGACCGGGUGUAUCGAGCUGCGCAGCAUAACUUACACGGAGGGUUGAGUAAGGUCAUCCGGCGAGCCGACAGUGCCAUUCGAGUCGUGAUCGGUGUUUGAUCCGGUCACGUGGCCGGCUCGUGUCGACGGGGUGAGGGGGUCCGCGGAGCCCCACGGCCCACCAGACGACAGCGGGAACCGUGCUGAGGAGCAGCUGCGCGCAGAAGAAGUGGGUGGUACUGAGCCUGUCAGCUGUGCGGCCGGUGGACAACUGUUGACUCCACAGGAUGGCUCUUCUCUGCCGGCGCUGGCUGGGCCAGGUGGCGCUGGGGGCUCGCUCCAUGCACGCCCACCGUCUCAGCGACAACAUGGCCUUGCUGACGGCGUCCCAAGUGUCACCCAGACACGAACCUCAGCUCCUCGGCAUCGGCGAGCGCCCCCUGGCCGUCAUGCUGCCCUGGCUGAGGGCGACCAAGAAGGGUAUCAGCAAGUACGCCAACUUCUACCUCAGUCAGGGAUUCAACGUGCUGGUCGGCACGAUAUCAGCUAGACAGCUGCUGCUCCCAGAGACGGGCUCACAGGAAACAGCAAGACGACUGGUAGACUUCUUACUAACGCACGAGGAAGUCAACCAGUACGUCGUACACAGUUUCUCCAUCGGUGCCUACUACUGGGGAGAGAUCCUUGGUCAGCUCUGUCAAAUGGAUCCCGAGAAAACCAUCACACGAAAAAUCACCGGCGUGGUGUUUGACAGCCCGGCAGACAUGGAGGAGAUACCUGUCGGCCUACCGAUGGCUCUAACAGACUUUGUGCCACUACAACGCCUGAUAGCUUCAUAUGCCAGGCUGCACCUGCGCUGGAUGGAGCAGCGUGCCACGCGCCACUACCGCGAGGCCAAGCGACAGGUGGUGCACUACCCGAUGCCACAGGCGGCCACCCUGUUCCUGUGGUCACAGAACGACCCGGUCACCUCCUGUCGAGCUAUACUGGACCUCGGGGCUGCCUUCGAGGCCAGCGGGAGACAGGUGUUUUACAAGUGCUGGGCCGACUCCCAGCACGUGCGUCAUCUGCUGCAGCACCCUGGUGACUACCACUCCGAGGUAGCCGAGUUCUUGCGCCGACUGGGGCACCUGCGCUACCCAGACCGCUUCCCCGACCACCAGCCGGCAGCGCGGGCCGCCAUCAGACAGUGACAGGGGUGAUGACUUAUGACAGGAGACAAUGACAGUGAGAGAGACCAGCAGACAUCUCGGGCCGCCAUCAGACAGUGACAAAAAGCGAUGACAUAUGACAGGAGACAAUGACAGUGAGAGAGACCAGCUGCCAGCUCGGGCCGCCAUCAGACAGUGACAGUGGCGAGGGAGUGAGGGGAUGUGGCAGAAGACAGUGACAGUGAUAGACCAGCAGACAUCACGGCCGCUAUCAGACAGACAGUUGCAGAAGAGCGUGGAGAUACAAGACAGUGGACGUGGCAGUGACAGCAGGCAAUACGUGAUAACAUCGGUGACAGAGGGAGGGGAGCGGAGAGGUGGCUGAAAAUGCUGACAGCAGGAGUGUUAGAAGAACGAGGAACUAGCAGGAGGAAGCGGCAGUGACAGUGUGAGUGACACCAGUUGGUCACGUGGGUGACCUCCGAUGGUGACGUAAAACACUGUGACAAAGUUCAGUGACUGUGAAGGAACUGAACAAUUGGUGACAGUGAUGGGAUACACAUGUGACACGGGCCGGUGACAGUGACAGUGAAUCGAUGAUGACAGUGAAUGGAGGUACCGAGUGACAGAAAUUGUACCAAAGCGGACAGUGAUAAAGUGAAGAGGAGACAUAGGGGACACGAGAUAUGGAUAGAAGCAAAAGACACCGCGACAUUCACAAGCCAUUCACAAGUCGAGAGGCGAUGAUAAAGGAAAUGAAACAUCAAAUAAGACACUAGACAUGUGGCAGCAUUUUGACUUUGGUUAUAUGAACAAUGAAACACUUGUUCAGCAACGAAAUGCCGGUUUUCCUGAAGAAAAAUGCAGCCGAAGGACGGCUACAACAUUUGUGAUGUAACUUUGAUUUAUGUUGUUUUAGACGUGAUUUGUGGUAUUCGUUAUUGUUAGCUUCUGCAGCACCAAACCUUACUUUCCAAAAUUGGACUCUCGUCAAUAUGUGGCUCAAAUUUUUAGAAUUAGAACAUGCCAGUGAGGCCAACCAGGCCGAUGGCUUAGCCUAAAUAACAUUAAUGUUAAUGAGACGAACCGAUUGCGGACUGCGU